AUGGAGUCGGAGUAUCCUCCGCUCCCCUCCAGACGCCUCUCACUACGACCAAACCAAGCAGCAGCGGACCCCCAGCUGCCCCGGCAAAAUACUAAUGAUAAUGCUGCGAUAUCCAGUUCUUCCGUAGAUCAACAAUUUCGCGGAAUGGAAGUAGCUCCCAAUGGCUCCAAAACCGUGUAUAAAAUCCUCUCGCGGGACGGCGAUGCCGUUCUCGAGUAUGUGGACACAGCCACUACCCGGUAUCGCUGGCAGGUGUCCAGCGACAGUCUGAGACGCAAUAGCCCCUUCUUUGCUGCCCUUUUAGACCCGAAUAAGUUUGCCGAGGGGAGGCUGUUUCAGGUAAAGGCAGUUCGAGUAAAGCAGCAGCCACAGCAGCAGCAGUCUUCAGCCGAGCAAACCGCCGAUCAAACAGAAGGACUCCCUCUAGUCGGCUUGAACGUGACUCGACUGACGGGCAAGCAUCGUAUAGAGAUUCUGGAGUUGUUCCUAAAAGUGAUACAGUCUUCGGAUGGUGACGAAUACCAAAAUGCACGGCUGGCGGAAGAAGUAGGCCAGCAGCCCAUAUCGGUCGUUGCCGGCGUACUGGAGAUUGCAGACCUGUUCAGCUCCUCAAGCAUUAUACAUGACACGUUGAAGCGGGCGGGCUAUGUGCCCUCGCUCAAGGGCAAAAUAUCCUUGUUAUCAUUCAGCUCGUCUUUGCUCAAGUUGAGCGAAGACCGAAUCCGGCAGAUUCUUUACGUUGCAUUGGUUCUGGAGAACCAAGCUGUGUUUCAAGUUUUGUCUCAUACUCUCAUAUUACUUGGAUCGACAAAUUGGAUAGACGGGCUUGGGGUUGGGAAGCAUGGUAGCCAUAGAUGGGCGUAUUUCCCGAAUGGCAUCGAGGAGGAGCUAUACUACAGACGACAAUGUAUAUUGAAUACAGUUACAGACCUACAAGCUCAUUUCCUGCGGGCCUUUGGCGCGUUGGAAGACGAUACCGAGCGUCAAACAGCUUAUUCCAAAACCAAUAUCCCCACCACGGCAGUAGUAUCAAAUACACGCCCAAUUCAAUGCCGCUGGGGAUUUAGCAACUCAAGGGCGUGUGAUUCGUUCCACCUGGGGGAAAUGGUCCGGUUCUUCUCACUAAGAUCCAAAACAAUCUUCCUGGGAUCUACAUUGAUUGAUCCGCAAAACGAGGUCGAUGUAGACGAAGAAAAUGAGGACGACGACGACGAGGAAGAACUCGAAGACAAUACCACUAGUAGUCCUAGUAUAGCUUCAACCGACAUCCCCUCCAUCACCGCCUCACUCCGCCAAAUCCCCGAUUAUCAAAUCGACCCAAACCACACGGGAUGCGGAAUCCGUCGGCGUCUACUCCCAGCACUCGACUGCAUUGACGGCUUUAUUGGCCACCGGCGAGCGCCCGUUGGCUUGAAGGAGAUUAGGUGCUGGAAACGGGGCUCCACCUCCUCUGACGACGCCUACCACAGACACAACAAUCCUGAUUCAUGGAAGGACAGUGGGCGACCGCCGGUCGAGAUGGUCGAUAUUCAUGCUUCGAAGAUUGUGGGGGUACGGACUGGUCGGCAGAAGGCUGUGGGGAAGAAGUCGUCUGCAGUGGGCAAUAAGCCAGGGGCGAUAGAACCGUUGUCACAGUCGUGGCCAAUAUCAUCCUUGAGAGGCUCUCCCGAGGCAGAGGCUAGGGUACUGUUUACCGCGAGGAAGAGGAGCUGGGAGAGUUGA